GGCCUAUGAUAAGUUGAAAACCCUUCAAAGUAUAUUUUGUUAAGCUAAUAACUUUUGCAACAACUUCCUAUAAAUAAAGCGAUUGAUUUCAUUUACUCUAUUAGUUAUCAACUAUAUUCCGUUAAUACAAAAUGAAAUCUUACGUCAUUGCAAUUUUCGGAGUCCUUAUUAUUGGAUUUUGUUCGGCGGCUUUAAUUCACGAUGAUGGACAACCAGGAUGUAAGCUUCAAGCUGAAUUGGUAAUUGAAUCAUUUCGGAACACUUGGGAUCCCACUAGAUAUUGGUCAUGUAAACAGCGGGAUCAAGCAGCUGUCUCUGUCAGAUGUCCAGACCAAACUGGAUGGCUUGAUAGUGUUAAAAAAUGUGUUGACUGGGAUAAUUGGAGCUGGGAAGAACCAACUCCUCCUAUGAGCAGACCUUGAGCAAGGCUUUAUGGUUGUUACAAAAACAGAAUAAUAAUUUUUCAAUCAUUCUUUGUUUAAAAUAAAAUUGAAGUCAUAAUUUUAAAUGACAUUUAAAAUAA